AUGAUAUAAUAGAUUAAAUAUUACAGAAAAUUAGAAGAAUUUUUAAACUCUUCACUUUAAUCUCAUUAGUUUCUCCAUAUUGAUCUAUGGUCCAAAGAAAUUGGUGAUGAAAAUGCAUUAGGCUUAGGUUCUGCUUUAGCAAAGUGCAGUAAUCUCUCAAAUUUGACACUUAAACUUUAUAGAAAUUAAAUUGGUGAUAAAGGUGCAUCAGGCUUAGGUUCUGCUUUAGCAAAGUGCAUUAAUCUCUUAAAUUUGACACUUGUGCUUAGUUUCAAUAAAAUUGGUGAUGAAGGUGUAUCAGGCUUAGGUUCUGCUUUAGCAAAGUGUGUUAAUCUCUAAAAUUUGAAACUUUAACUUGGUUACAAUUAAAUUGGUGAUGAAAGUGCGUCAGGCUUAGGUUCUGCUUUAGCAAAGUGUGUUAAUCUCUAAAAUUUGAAACUUUAACUUGGUCACAACUAAAUUGGUGAUGAAGGUGCAUCAGGCUUAGGUUCAGCUUUAGCAAAGUGCAUUAAUCUCUCAAAUUUGACACUUGAACUUUAUCACAACUAAAUUGGUGAUGAAGGUGCAUCAGGCUUAGGUUCAGCUUUAGCAAAGUGCAUUAAUCUCUCAAAUUUGACACUUAUGCUUGAUGGCAAUUAAAUUGGUGAUGAAGGUGCACCAGGCUUAGGUUCUGCUUUAGCUAAGUGCAUUAACCUCUCAAAUUUGAAACUUGGGCUUGCCUGCAAUUUAAUUGGUUAUGAAGGUGCAUCAGGCUUAGGUUCUGCUUUAGCAAAGUGCAUUAAUCUCUCAAAUUUGACACUUGAACUUUAUGGAAAUUAAAUUGGUGAUAAAGGUGCAUCAGGCUUAGGUUCUGCUUUAGCAAAGUGCAUUAAUCUCUCAAAUUUGAAACUUGAACUUUCCAGUAAUUCAAUUGGUAAUGAAGGUGCAUCAGGCUUAGGUUCUGCUUUAGCAAAGUGCAUUAAUCUCUCAAAUUUGAAACUUUGGCUUGACAGUAAUUCAAUUGGUAAUGAAGGUGCAUCAGGCUUAGGUUCUGCUUUAGCAAAGUGCAUUAAUCUCUCAAAUUUGACACUUGUGCUUCACUGCAAUUUAAUUAGUUAUGAAGGUGCAUCAGGCUUAGGUUUUGCUUUAGCAAAGUGCAUUAAUCUCUCAAAUUUGACACUUGAACUUUAAAGAAAUUAAAUUGGUGAUGAAGGUGCAUCAGGCUUAGGCUCUGCUUUAGCAAAGUGCAUUAAUCUCUCAAAUUUGACACUUGUGCUUAUUGGCAAUUAAAUUGGUGAUGAAGGUGCACCAGGCUUAGGUUCUGCUUUAGCUAAGUGCAUUAACCUCUCAAAUUUGAAACUUUAUCUUGAUGGCAAUUAAAUUGGUCAUAAAGGUGCAUCAGACUUAGGUUCUGCUUUAGCAAAGUGCAUUAAUCUCUCAAAUAUGACACUUUAACUUUCUAGAAAUUAAAUUGGUGAUAAAGGUGCAUCAGGCUUAGGUUCUGCUUUAGCAAAGUGCAUUAAUCUCUCAAAUUUGACACUUGGGCUUGGUUCCAAUAAAAUUGGUGAUGAAGGUGCAUCAGGCUUAGGUUCUGCUUUAUAAAACUGUAUUAAACUCUCAAAUUUAACACUUGUCCUUAAUGAUAAUUAAAUUAAUGAAAUGUAACAAUUCAAAGUAAAAAGUUAGUAUCUUAAAUCUAAAAGAUUGGUUGUCUUUGAAAUAAAACUCUGA